AUGACCAUAGUUGGUAAAGCGCUUCAUUUUUCCAUUGAUUUGGCCCUGGUGUCUGUCUGUUUGGCUGGAGUAAAGAGAAACACGGGCCUUACUCCCAAGUUGGAUUCGAUUGAAGAUAAUCAUAUGAGAGGCUGGGCUCAGAAAUACCUCAAUGUGGGCGAAUCAUGUUACGAUUACGCCGUUGUAUCCCUGGGAGCAUCGCAGUAUUUCGUGAGAAAAUAG